AUGCAGACCAAAUGUGCAACGCUUGCUAGCUAUCACCUUGCCGUUCGACAAGUUGCGUAUACAAUGAUCCGCCAUCUACCGAUCCCUUUAUCUAGGCCAUUCUCCGAUCAGAUCAGAACCCACAGUGGCGAUGGUGGUGGUCGGUUGGGUUUGACAGUGGUGGCUCGAUUUGGUAUGGUGUGGAUAGGGUUUGACUGGGUAGAUGUAACAACAAGGUUUAGUGGUGGUUCUAACAGUGGCGGUGGUGGUGGUCUGACUGGGUGA